UGGAAAUAUUGUUACUAACUUAGAUGGGUAAAUGCCCGUUCAUUACGAAACAAUUCAAACCAGUAUACUGUAUUUAUUAUAUCUCUCUAAUAAAGUUCUGUUGUUGAUUUAUUUAUUUUUUAAAAUAAUUUAGUGGAUCCCAUGGUUUCAUGAGAUUUUGAAAAGAAAAAUAGUAGCUUUCAUUAAUUUUUAGUGAUUUUAAUUUUCUAUGACAGAUUGUAAACCCUGGCUUCCUUGAUAACUUGUAAGAUCAGUGUCAUGUUGCUAUCUUCACUGUUCGUAUAACUGGUGUUGAAAUCUCCCUAAACAUUAAAGAAUGUGAGCUGGUUCAUUGUAGUAAGUUCUGUAAGAAAUAGUUCCACCAUGUUCAUCGUGGGCCUCACUGGAGGAAUAGGAACAGGUAAAAGUACUGUUUCUCAAAUGAUAAAAGAUUAUGGUAUUCCUGUAUUGGAUGCAGAUUUUUAUGCUAGGAAAGUUGUCGAGCCAGGAAGAAAGGCUUGGAAAAAAAUAAAAAAUGAGUUCGGAAAUACUGUUUUCCACCCUUCUGGGGAAAUAAAUAGAGAAGCUUUAGGUGAAUUGAUAUUUGAAAAUAAGGAGCGCCGAAGAAAAUUGAAUGAAAUAACUCAUCCAGAAAUUUAUAGAGAGAUGGCUUGGGCAGCUAUAAGAUGUUUUUUCCAAGGCCAUCAAUUCAUCGUAAUGGACUUGCCAUUACUUUUCGAAAGUGGUGUCAUGCUGAAUUAUCUUUAUAAAAUUAUUGUUGUUACUUGUGAAGAAGAUCUUCAAGUUGAAAGACUUAUAGAAAGAAAUAGAAUGACUGAAGCUAGAGCAAAGGUUCGAAUAGCUACUCAAAUGCCAUUAGAAAAAAAAGCUGAAGCUGCUAAUUUUGUUAUCGAAAAUUCUGGAAGCCUUGAGGAUACGAGAGAGCAGGUUGCCAGGAUUGUUUCUGUCUUGAAAGCUUCUAAUCACCAUUGGAAACUAAGGAUUAUUGCUGGAUUUUUAUGUUGUGGAUUUGUAUCAUUCAUAUUCUGGGCUGGUUACCGUAUUUAUCUAGGAAGAGCUUUAGCUAGAUAACAUUAGCUCAGUUUUAGAAUAACUAAUUUUAAACGUACGUUUUGUUUCCAUGUUGGAGUAGUAUUCUUAUAAUUAGACAUGAUGAGAGGAGUCAUAUUCCUUUGUCUGUUUUUGUAAUACUGAUUUUUGUUUCUAUUUUCAUAAAUAUAUGGAGCCGCUGCAUUUAUUCUAGUCUUUGUG